GCUGGGGUAUUCCAGAUAAACGGGAGAUAAAAGUGACAAGUCUGCUUCAUAACAAGUGGUUCUUGGUUUCUGAACGUUCGGUUUGCUCUACUUUUCAUUGCAACGGUCGACGGUUUGAAUUUUGAACAACUCUGGAUUAUGAAGUGCUGCUCGUGCAAUGCUACCGGUCGAUGUAAGAGCUGUUCCUGUGCUCGCAGGAAGGAACGUUGCUCUAAUUGCAAUCCGAUGAACCAUCAGCGUUGUAUGAACACGUCACCAGCAGUUGACGUUUCUUCAAACAUUAUUUCGGAGUCCAGUUUUGUGCAGAGUAACGAAGAAGAUCACCGAGGAAAUGGUAUUGUAAAUGCAGACAUUACGCUCAUUCAAAUUCAAAAUUCGAAAUCAUCCGGGCCAUCCAGACAGAAUCACGUGACUUUCGACAAGGCCAGUAGUCGUUUUCAUGAGUCUGAAACAGGUAAUGGUAAUGUGAACAAACUUACCGGUCAACUGCCUGCCUACAAACCACGUAGUGCUCCAAGUUUUACUUGGGGUGACGUGAAUGGCAUGGAAGUUGAGAAAGAAUUAGAUUCCAUCUACAAAGAAGUCGUAUUCUGGAAGAAAAACCUGUUCCUACUUCCAUCCGGGAAAGUGGGUAAGGAGUUUGUUGCAGAAAUGACACGUCUAGUAGAGUCGUUUGCAAAUGCAACGUCACUGGAGGGUAUUGCUAUGAAAGCUCUGGUAGUUUUUCAAGUUGUGGUCCUUCAGAAGCCCCAUGCAAAAUCCAAAUCUCGAGAUCACAUCCAAUGUGUUCAGAGACGUUUGGAAUUGUGGAAGAUGGGAAGGUUUGACGAUCUGGUAAGAGAGGGCCGUACCUUGCAAUGUCGACUAAAUCACAGCCUCCGUAGUAUCCCGGAUGUCCAGGUGGCUAGGGUUUUUAGUCGUCUUGUCAUUCAAGGUAAGGUCAACGCAGCCCUUCGAUAUGUGUCUGACAAUGCCAACUGUGGCGUUUUGUCUCUUGAUGCGGUGAUUGAUAACAAUGGUAGUACAGUUAAAGACUUGCUGCGAGUCAAACAUCCUGAACAGCAACCGUUAUGUGACGAGAUCUUCUUGAAUGGUCCCGUUAAUGACUUAUCACAUGUUAUAUUUGACAAGAUUGAUGGAUCAGCUAUUCGCUCUGCUGCUCUGAGAACCCAGGGCGCUGGUGGACCAUCUGGUGUGGAUUCCACAGCUUGGAAACGUCUAUGCUGUUCUUUUCAGAAGCAGUCAGCUGAGCUGUGCAACGCCCUAGCAGGUCUAGCACGACGCAUAUGUUGUGAUUUUGUGGAUCCAAGUGCUAUCCAGGCUCUUGUUGCAUGCCGUUUGAUUCCUUUAGACAAGAAUCCUGGAUUACGUCCAAUCGGAAUUGGUGAGACCUUCCGCAGGAUUAUUGCCAAGGCGAUAAUGAGAGUUAUCAAGGACGACGUCUGCCAUACUGCUGGACCUUUGCAAGUGUGUGCUGGACAAGAAGGUGGAUGUGAAGCGGCUAUUCAUGCGAUGCGCACAAUAUUUGACAACGAUGAGACUGAGUGCGUUCUUCUGGUUGAUGCCUCGAAUGCUUUUAAUUGCCUAAAUCGACGGGCAGCGCUUCACAAUGCUAGAAUCUUGUGUCCGGCUAUUGCAACGGUUCUCAUAAAUACAUACAGGGACGAGGUUUUGAUGUUCGUUGUGGGAGGCGAGAUAAUCAGAUCAGCUGAAGGAACAACACAGGGUGAUCCGCUGGCGAUGUCCAUGUACGCGAUUGGCAUCCUGCCGCUCAUCACUCAACUUCAAUGUGAAACCAAGCAAGUCUGGUAUGCUGAUGACGCAACAGGUGCAGGGUGCAUUAGAGGUGUGAGGCAGUGGUGGAAUGACAUUGUCAAAGUCGGCCCCAAGUUCGGAUAUCACGCAAACGCUGUUAAAACUUGGUUGAUAGUAAAGCAGAACAAAUUGGAAGAUGCCCGCUCUGCAUUUGCUGAUACGGCAGUACAAAUCACAACAUCAGGUAAACGACAUCUAGGUGCUGCUUUAGGGCACCCUUCGUUUGUUCGUGAAUACGUUGACAGUAAAGUCAAUGAGUGGGUUCGUCAAGUGGAAAAACUAUCAACCAUUGCUGUAACUCAUCCUCAUGUCGCAUACUCAGCUUUUACUCAAGGUUUGGCCCAUCGCUGGUCCUAUCUCUUGAGAACUGUUCCAUCUAUAUCUGAAAUGCUCAAGCCGUUAGAAGAAGUCAUCCACCAACGAUUUUUGCCUAGACUGACUGGUCAACCAGUGUGCGGUGCAGACAUGAGAGACCUCUUGUCAUUACCUUGCAAUCUCGGUGGGUUGAACAUUUCUGAUCCGUCGAAGACUGCUGAAUCACUAUUUGCAGCUUCCGAGCACAUCACUGCGCCUUUGGCUGCUCUUAUUGUCGAACAAGAGAACGCCAUCACAGUGUCUCCAUUGGAAACAAAAAGAAGAAAAUCUGAGAUCAAGGCCAAGACACAAGCUUUCCACAAUGAGACCUUGGAGAAGUUGCAAACAAAUGCAUCACCGCAAAUAAAAGGGAGCUUGGAAGUCCUAUCCGAAAAGGGAGUAUCGAGCUGGCUUACCGUGCAGCCUAUUGAAGAGCAUGGUUUCCAUCUUGCCAAGAACGAUUUUCGUGAUGCUCUGUGCUUAAGAUAUGGCUGGCCUUUAUCAGAUUUGCCCUCGAAAUGUGAAUGCGGCCUCAGUUUUAACGUCGACCAUGUCAUGAUAUGCCAGAAAGGCGGCUUUCCCACGCUAAGGCACAACGAGAUCCGGAACAUCACAGCUGAUCUUCUAAGGGAGGUUUCUACAGAUGUUACAAUCGAACCUGUACUUCGUCCCUUGGAUGGAGAACAGUUUGCGCAUCGCACUGCCAUCACAGAUGAUAACGCUAGGGUCGACAUUUCUGCUAGAGGAGUGUGGAGGCAUGGAGAACGGGCAUUUUUUGAUGUGAGGGUUUUCUACCCAAACGCUGCUUCCAACCGCAAACACUCUUCACUCAAAUCCGCCUAUGUGAGUCACGAGAAUGAGAAGAAACGCGCUUACGGUGAGAGAAUUCGGGAAGUUGAGCAUGGGUCUUUCACUCCAUUAGUGUUUACGUCAUACGGAAGCACAGGCCCAGAGGCAACAACCUUCUAUAAGCGAGUGGCAAGUCUGCAUGCAGCCAAGUCAGGAGAGCAGUACAGUAGAAUUAUGCAAUUAAUUCGCUGUAGAUUGAGUUUUGCCCUACUUCGCUCGAGUAUACUGUGUAUCCGUGGAACAAGAUCCUCUACGUAUAGACCUAUCAAAGUGGACCUGCUGGGACUCAUUGAAAGUGAGGCCCACCUAGAUGAGUAGGUGGUGACUAUAGCUUGUGAUAAUAGUUAAGCAUACAGUGUAAUGACGUAAAGUAGUAACUGACUUUUAAUUGUUUGUUUUGCUGCGUGCGUAUAUCUGUCACUUAUAGUGUUGUAUGUUAUUAC